UCUCUGUGUGCAUUCUACAAAUCUUUAUGCCUAUAUCUGUCCUGUACUGUUUACCGGUCGUCUCGGGCCGACGACAACAUUGCACAGGUAAUCGGUCUCAUCGAUGUAGCCGCCUCAGCGUACAAUCAAUUGCGACACCUUGAGGGCGGUUUGAGUAGAGAUCUGCCAAGUUUGGAGAAUUAUGAUGGUGAAGAAACUAUAAUCAACGCCACUCCCACUGUUUCCACAAGGAGUCAGCCCUCGGUGCCGAAUUCCUCCGCUUCUUCCAAUGCCACCGCGUUAGCUCCAACGAAUCUGGGGCUAUUUGGCUUAAAUUCCACUCCAAGUGAGCUGUUUUUGCAUCUUUGUGGUGUACAUUUCCAUCUGUCUUCACUGACAUAA